AAUUUUGAAUUUGUUCUCAGUGGGUGGAGAUUUCGUCCUGUCGCCAUAUUGUGAAUGCCUGUGAGUGCUGGAAGUGAAUAAAUUUGAUAAUUUAAGUGUAAAUUCUUUGUCUUCAUAUUUUGGAUUAAAAAGUCUAAAGGCUAUCAGCUAGUAUGGGUGCUAAGCAGAGCAAGCGCUCGGUGGACAUUAGUGGUAAGGAGGCAGAAGGAGCCGGGGAGGUGGCGGCGGCGGGCGCGGGCGGCGAGGGGCGCGUCGAGCAGCUCGCCGACGCAGAUGCGUUGAAGCCGCAGCUCAACGGCGAUGCACACAUACACGAGCCUUCGGACAAAGAAAAGCAACUCGAUAGUGGAACACCGGAAAACGAAAAGGACGCGACUACUGAAAAAGAGGGUAAAGAACAAGAGGAAGAGAAAGAGAAAGAAUCGUCGCCCGUAACAAAUGGAGACGCCGAGCAGAAGGAAGAGAACGGAGAGUCCACCCCAUCGCCAGAUGACGGCAAGAAACCCAAGAAGGAAAAGGUCAAGAAGAAAUGGUCGUUGAGAUCGAUUAGUUUCAGCCGAAAGGACAAACCGAAACAGGAGAAGAAACAGAAAGAGGAAGAGCCCAAAACGAACGGUGAACCCGAAAAAGUACCCGAGGAGAUUGCCGAGACACCUGACACAGAAAAAGUUGAUAUUGUCCAAGAAGAUAAAGCUGAAACAGAGACCAAAGAAGAAAGAACCCCUGAAACACCAGUAACCGAGCCCAUUACAAAUGGCAGCAGCACUCCUGAAACACCAAAGGAAGAAUCUCCUACUGUUGAUGAGCCAAUUGCCACAGUAACUGAAGAAAAUGAUAGGCCAGAGCUACCUAAAGUUGAAGUAACAACGGAGAAACCCUCUGUCAAUGGUCUCAUCGCAGAAGAAUCUAAAAUCGAAACUCCUGUAGCAGUAGAAAGUGAGAAUAGCAAACCCGAGGAACCAACUAUCGAAAAGACUGAACCCGUUCCAGCUACUGAAAUUCCUGUCAUAAAUGAGGAAGUUAUUUCAACAUCUGAUAAGAUGAAGGAACUAAUCCCAGAGGUCCCCACCAUACCAGAGCUAAAAACCGAAAUGGAGACGACGACCGAUGUGGCGGUAGCUAAUUAAUAGCCCCGCAAAGAGUUUCACAUACAGCAGUCCACAAGACGUAUGUCUAAAAAUGAGCCUUUAAUUUAUUUCCAUUAAGUAUCGCGGUGUGAUAUCGAACUAAGUUCGAUUACAAUUUCUUACGUCAAAUAUGAGAAUUUCAAUUUUGAAUAAGACCUUACAUCUAGAACGAGUAUAGUUUAAGUUUAGCGUGCUUUGCUUUGUUAAAUUAAGGUUUUAUAUAUAUUUUAAUUCGCUAGAAUGAUCUUUUACGAUUUUAUACAAUAACAAAGUUAUAUAGGCAGUAUACGGUGCGAUAAGUUGGUGCCAUUAUUACAGGGGUAUUAGUUAUGUCGUCUGGCGUGUGACUCGCUCCUUAAGAACUUCGCAAUUUCUAUUUGCUCUUAGAAAAUUUUUGAACAUUUUGUAAUAUUCGUAUGAUAAUUGGCAUUCAGUAGCAUAAAAAUUUUACUAGUACGUAUAAAUAAAAUUAUCUAGUAUUUAAUCAUACGAGUUACAACAAUACUUAUUACAUUUCAAUGUAGUUUCCACGAAGGAUUUUGAAUAUACCGUUAAUCGAUGUGAAUGUAUGCAUUUGUUGUAUAAUAAAAUAUCGAUAUAUAACAAAUACAUGUUUACUUGCCUCACAGUUUCGAUCAUGUUACAGCUUUUACAAUGAGGAAAGCUUGAAACAUUACAUAUUAAAUACAAAUAUUGAUAAUUAAAAAAGCGUUACUCGAAAAAUAUAAAAAUAUUAUAGGUUUUAAUAAUGAGACACUAUUAUGUAUAUACGAAUAAUUACGUUUUCAUAAACUUAUUUUUCUUAAAUUCUAUCGUCGAAUUAAAGUUGAAAUUUGCAUUUGUAUAUUGUUAUAAGUGAUAUAAAAAAUUAAUUUCAUUUAAUUCUUUAAGUAUAUUUUAUGCACCUAUGUUAUUAUUCUACUCCUUUAAUUAUAAGUUGUGUAAAUUUGGAUCUGAGCUCUCUUUCUAAAGCGCACGUGUGAAAUUCAACUCCAGUAUAUUUAAGUCGCUCUUUCGCCUAGUGAGAUACGGUAAGAUGUUAGGCAUUUCGUGAAGAAAUUGUGUUACUUUAUACAUUUAGGCGUGGAUAUUUUUAAAUAAAAUUGGACUUAAUAUUCAGUGGCCAAGUUUUCGAUUUAUCUAUACAUUUUUAUGCAUAUACAAACCUACAAUCAAUUAUAUGUACUAUUUAGAUGUGUAGUAUUUGUAACGAUUUAGAGAAAGCAGUGGGUAUUGCUGCUAUUAGUAGUGUAUUAUUUCACACUUAUACAUACGAUUAGACUAUACCUAUGUAAGGUUUUAUAUUACUGUCGUUUGUCGAUUUGUGUCCAACAAAAUGAUUUCCUAAACAUUUUUGUAAUUUUAUACAUUUUUUAUAAAAUUUGAAGUGACACAUCUGCAUGAAUGGAGGACGGAAAUACUUCCUAACAUAUUAGCAGUUAAUACGAGUGAGACAUUCCAUAUCAAAUGUAUUUCCAAAUAAUUCCUGAACCUAUCGUAGACUGAACAUUUUAAUAUCUUCGAAUCCGCUAAUUUAUAUAUAAAAAAAAAAUUAAUUGUUUCGGUUACAUUCCUUGUUAAUUGACUGAUCAUAAAGACGAAAUGAUUUUUA